UUUUUAACUAAUCUGGACGGGAACUUAAUUCGCGCCAACAAAUUUUUUGGCGCGCUAUUCAUUCUUUCCUCUUAUUUCAAUUGCAAUCCCUAACUCUCUUUACCUGACAAAUCAAAACCUUUUAUCACUGUAUCUCACUUCAGCACAAUCUCUCCCUUUCUCCCUCGAGCCUCCAAUCUCUCCUUCUCUGGCAGGGACCGUGUCGGCGACCGCGAUUCCUCCAUAUUUGGGCCCGCAUCUUAGGCACUGAUUAAUGUCCACGCAACAGUGAUAAAAUACAAGUUCUACUUUCAUCUAAUGGAGUUACGGAGUUGUAUUCAUUUACAUUUUAUCCAGGUUGCUAAAGGUGGGUUGGCAACAAAAGCCCUGAAUGUGUACCGUGGAAGGCCAGCACUAAAGUUCAAGAAGGUUACAGAUCUAUAUGAAACUGAGGAUGCAAAAAAUUUUAAGCCAUUGCCAGUGUUUAGACCAAAAGUUGAGUUUGAAUGUGAUGAGACAGAAAGUCUACAUACACUCACAGUAGAAAGAACAAUACAAGUCGGUGGUGAAACUUCAGAGGCUAAUAGUAAAGGUAUUGAUAUUGGAGCAAGGGAAAUAGAUGAACUUAACUUUGGCGAUAUGACACUGAAACAAAUUAAAGAGAGAUGCAAAGAAAAAAGGAGGAAAUCUUCCAGAUAUGUUGGUUUGAGUAAAGAAACUAUUGAAACUUGUUCCCUAGGAAAAGGGAACCAUUUUAACUCAGAGUCUGAGAAGGAUGAAUAUGAUAUCAUGGAGCCCCUCAGCUGUUGGAAAUCCAGGAUUCUAAACAAGAAGAAGACCAUGAGAAAGGACAGAAAAAGAAGCAGAAGUAUCUAUGGUUCAUCUCAAAAUGCCGCAUCUAUUGUGAGGUAUGAGGAAUUUCCCAGUGAUGAAGUUAUCUUCCAAUCUAAUGAAAAUUUUCCUGCACCUAAUGAAAAUUUUCCUGCACCUAUUGAUGUUAAAGUUGAGGUUCCUGAGCUUACUUGUUCAAAUUGCAAAGAUAUGAUCAUCAUUACUGCGGAUUCCUCUUUUAGUUGUAAUGAGCCAGUGACCUCUUACGGAGCGAUACCUUGUAAAGAGCCUGAGGCAGCUAAUAAUUAUGAUUUGCAGGCUGUAACAUCAAUGCUAGCCAGUGAAAAGCCAGAUACAGCUAAAGGCUCUGUUUCUGAAACUGCGAUGUCUGUGAUAACCAGUGAAGAGUUGACAACUAAUGCUUGUGGUUUUGAGACUCAGAUGCCAACUUUCCUCAGCAAUGAGCCUCAAUGCUGUGCUACUAAUGAAGAAUCCUAUGAAUAUGUGGAGCAUGGGGAUCCUAAAUCAAUUCCUGAUGUAAAAUCCUCAGGUGGGGCGGUACUAAUGGAGGAUAUUGCAGAAGUGAUCAGUGAGUUUUCAUAUUUUUCUUUAUCAGAAGCAAAGAAAGAAGAUGCUCUCCUAGAUCAACAUCCCAAAAAUGACGCCCCUGAAACUGUUUCUUUAAGUGAGGUUCAUAUACCUGUAUCGCAUCCCCAAACUUUUCCUUCUGUGCAUGAGAAAUCAUGGAAGACUAGCAGUAGCAGCCAGGAUCAACUACUUGAUGUCACCAUUAAUAAUAGCCUUCAGUGCGUGGAACUUAGCAAAAGAAACGAUUCAUGUCUCCCUGAGGAUGAAACUAAAGAUGAUGCACUUCAUGUUGAAGCCAGUGUCAUAAGCAGCCCUGGCAGAGAAAGUAUCUCACUUUGGAAUCCAAAUUUACUUUCAAGUCCAAAAUGCUCUUUAGUUUCUGUUGCUGAUGACUCGCCUACAGCCAGGGAAAGCCAAUCACCAUUAUCUGCUCGUGCUGAUGAAACAAGAAGCUGUUCUCCAGCAAUCCAUUUAUCUAGUCAUAAGUCUGUGAUAUCAGUAAAGGCGGAUGAUUAUCAUCACUCAAAGAUGCAACAUCCUCCUGAAAAGCUAUUUUCAACUAGAAUGGCCAUCUCUCCAACAUCCCAGAAAAGGCUACGUGAAGCUAUGGAGUCCACUGAAUUAGAUGAUGAACAAUACUACAGGUAUGCAAGGAAACUGUGCUAUAGACAACAGAAUGACUGUAACAAUGGUAGACUUGAAGGGCCCAGUCAGAUCAAGAGAGCUGAAGUAAUCAUUAGCCCUAAGAAAGUUGUUAGGAAACCAAAGGUAGGUAACAAUGGUUUCCAUCAAAAUGACAUUCUUAAGGUUCCUCAUCCCUCUUGUUCUGUACAAUGCCUUAGUACUGGGCGUACCUCCGUCCGAAGUUCUUCAGAGAGUGCCAUUUUAUUCUCACAGCAACAGAUGCAUGACAUUGAAUCUGUUGCAACUAAACUUGCAAAAGAGUUGCAAUCCAUGAAGGAGAUAGUUGAAGAAACAUUGCAGUCCAAGGUCUAUCCAGCUACAACCUUGAAAUAUAGUGCAGAUGAGAUGAGAAUUGCCAUACAUAAUGCUACAAGAGUUGAAGAAAGUGCAAGAAGAUCUCUUUCUAUCAUGGCAAGGGACUGCAACCGCUUUUGUAAAAUCAUGAAACUGGCUGAGAAAGGUUCUACUGCUUCCAAAAAUGGAGUAUGCAAGAAGAGGAAGAUUGUUUUUGCUGAUGAGGCUGGUGGAAAGUUAUGUGAUGUCAAGACUUUUAAGGAUGACAUGGCUUCUUUUGUGAAGCCUAAGGCUGAGAAAACGGGAGCUGUUGACUAAGAGAUGGAGAUUUUGCUUGUUGUACAAUUGUAUAUUUAAUUAAGGCGUUCAACUGCCAAUUUUAUGCUCAAAUGGUACAAAAUCUAUGUGGCUGUUAAGGCAUAUUUAUACAGUUUAAUUUAUGCCUGAUGCGUGGGUUGGAAUGAGGAUACUGGAUAUGUGCUACAUAAGAGGAAGACUUGUGACCAUAUUUAUCCUCUGCCAAGCCUAGUCUCAUCUCUCAUUGUGCCUUUUUUAUACUCAUUUUUAACAUUGAUAUUGCUUGUAGCUAUGCUGUAUAUAAAAUAAUUCAUCCUUGAUGGCAUUUAUACAUGCCUAUCAAGAGGGAUUUCAAACCUUUUA